AUGUUUAACUGGGUGGUGAAAGUGGUCCCCCAACCCCCCGAAGCUCCAGAGACAGAUGAACCUGCCAAGACCCCUGCUGUUCCCCCCAAAAUCAAAGAGGCCAUACCUUCAGUGAAGAGUCCUCCACUGAAAAACACAGAGGAAGCUUCAGAAGACAGUCAGGCCCAGUCUGGAGUAUUAGGCUGGUUGUCUAAUGGGUUCGUCAGUGCUCUGCCGCAGCCGUCCAACUCCCCUCGACUCAGCCGGGCCAACGACUCCAGGACAGAAGAUGGAGAAAGGUCCGGAGUGAUGGGCUGGGUCGCUCAGGGUCUCACCAAGGUUCUGCCUCAGCCCGACGACAAGUACAGAGAGACCAACAAUGAGGAGCACACCGAGAUCUAUGAAGUGGAAACAAUGCCAGAUUUCGAUCCCCUCCCACACAUCCCAGUGGUGGAGCUGGUGUCAGAUGACGAGGAUGAAGGAGAAAGUCUGACCCCCCAGUUCCCCCCCAAUGUGGUGAAAUGGAUAAGGGAGAUCAUGCCUCAGCCAGUUAUACUGCCCCCUGGUGCUGUAAUGAUAGAUAAUUCACCCAAGUCGUCCCGCUCCUCUGUGGACAAAAUUCUGUCUCCACCACCCGAGUCUCUCAGUGGAAUCUCACUCGAUACUGACAGCAAAGUGUCCCAUGUGGUCGGCUGGUUCAUGUCCGGUCUGGGCCUGAAGCUGCCUCAGCCUGCGAUUGCCCCCAAAGACGAAAUCGAGUGUGCAGCUCAAGUUCUACAGAAAGCUUCAUCCAAACUCAAACCUGACUUGGUCCUGGAAGACGUGGACUCAGACAACGAGGGUCCGCACAGACCUGCACCCCCGGGCACAUUGUUGACUCCUCCAUCACCGGCGACACCCAAGCAGCAGGACACGAUGCAGCAGACGCAGUGCAGCUCACUGCCGUCCCAGGUGCAGGCUGAGGCCGAUCCGGUGCCAGGAGGAAUUUCAGAGAGCCCGACCAAGAUAUCUCAGGAAGAUGCCGAGACUCAGACAGGCCGCUGGACGCCGUUUAUUGAGAGCAUCAAGAGGGAGGCUGAAGAUUCGGCCUUUGCUACCAUGGAGGAACGUCUGCUGGUGGAGCGCGUGGAGUUGACCCGUGUGGCCGAGGAAGUUGCCAGGCAGGCGGCGGAGACGGCCGUCAGACAGAUGGCCAGCGAGGGACAUUCCAAUUCCAUCAGGCUCUCGCUGGACAGUGAAGAGAGUCUUGCAGAGGACGAUGAAGACCUAGAAGAGGCUGUGGUACCUACCUUAUUACAACUAGAACCAGAACCAGAACCAGUGACCAAGACCCAGAAAGCCAAAUCCAACUCUCAGCCUGUGACGCAGCAGCCACAGAAAGCAGAGCCAAUAGGAGAAGUCCCUGACGCUGACAAAGCUGAAGAGAAACUAAACGAUGUUGGCCUCCUGGGUCCUGGACCAUCUCCACAUGUGAUCAGAUCAGACUGGAGGUUAGAACCAGGUCUGAACAGGGUCCCUGUCAGUCAGGCUGAUAUCCGUAGAUCUGGGGACUCUCCAGUCAGCUGUGAUUCAUUUAAGAGCUGCCUGAUGCGCAUCCCUCACACCUCCGAGUGCCUCGGCAAUAUCAACGCAUUCUUCAAAGAGAACGGCAUCUCCCCCCCGAAAAUACCCUCCAUGCCCAAGCUACCCACCCAGUUCUCUGACGUGACCCGGUACCUGCCCUCCCUCCCCCCUGAAUUACGCCAGGAGUUCUCCAAUAUCAGACUCACGCAGAUCCCCCGGAACAUCUCGCAGAGCCUGACCGACUGGUUGCCCAAAAGCUCGGAGGGUUCAGACUCCACCCUGUCCAGCAUCGCCCAGAGCUUCACCAGCAUCCCGCAGAAGCUCUCCCAGUUCCCCAGCCGGACCGGGCAGUACUUCAGCAACAAACAACAACAGCAAAAACAGAAGAAAGACAAGAACCCGCAAGACGUAGAACUCAACCGGCUCGUCCGACCCUCCCCUCUCUCUCCUCCUCACCUCCGGUCCCGCUCCCCGUCUCCAUCCUCCCCCACUGGUAGCACCCUCGAGUUGCCCAAUGUGCCGUCCUAUCCGCGCCUGCCCCCGAUUGUCAGCCCCCCGUCAAAGCAGCUCAACGCCUCAUCCCGCCAGCUGUCGGGUCUGUCCAACCCGGCCUUCUUCAUUGAAGAUGACUCGGACGUUUCACCCGUCAGACCCGCAGAGAGCUCCAGCCACAGCAUCCGUCCUGCCGUCAAUGUGGAGGACGACCCCAAAUUUACAACCCUCACUGUCCCUGUGACCCCGUCUGGAGGUCGUCAGAGCAGUAGUGGAAGGAAUCGGAGGAACAUCUGGACAAAGAUCAGGAGGCCUCACUCUCAAAGUGAAGAUGACGAGGAAGAAGGAAACUUUCCAGUCAAAGCCUGGCCCAGCCAGUCCAGCCUGCACAGCACAGAUGACGUGUGACGUCCGGCGUCCUCGGCCAGUCAGACCAGCACGGUGGUGAACGAGCGGCUGCAGGAGCUGGUGCGGAUGUUUAAAGAGAGAACGGAGAAGGCCAAGGAGAAACUCAUCGACCCUGACAGCUCCGACGACGACAGCAUCGUCCCCUCACCUCCUCAGCUGGCUCCUGCUGGGCAGCCGCUGGACAGGGGAGACAAGGAGGCACAGGCAGCCUGUUUUCACUAUCGUUUCCCUGCCAGCAUCGACCCCUUCACCAACCUGAUGUAUGUGCUCUGGAUGUUCCUGGUCACUCUGGCGUGGAACUGGAACGCCUGGUUCAUCCCCGUGCGCUGGGCCUUCCCCUAUCAGACCCCGGACAACAUUUACUACUGGCUGCUGACCGACUACCUGUGUGACCUCAUCUACAUCCUGGACAUCACCAUCUUCCAGCCACGUCUGCAGUUUGUCCGUGGGGGGGACAUCGUGUGCGACAAAAAGGACAUGAGAAAGAAUUACAUGAAAACCAAACGCUUCAAGUUUGAUGUUGUCAGCCUCGUUCCCCUGGAGCUCUUCUACUUCAAGACCGGCAUCAACCCGCUGCUCCGUUUACCACGGCUGCUGAAGAUCAACUCCUUCUUCGAGUUCAACGAGCGUCUGGAGGCCAUCUUGACUAAAGCCUACAUCUACAGGGUGAUCCGUACCACCACCUACCUUCUGUACUGUCUCCACUGCAACGCCUGUCUCUACUACUGGGGCUCUGCCUACACAGGACUCGGUUCCACUAAGUGGGUUUACAAUGGAGAGGGCAACAGUUACAUUCGCUGUUACUACUUUGCGGUGAAGACCCUGAUCACCAUCGGGGGUUUGCCAGACCCCACCACCCUGUUCGAGAUCGUCUUUCAACUCAUCAACUACUUUGUUGGAGUCUUUGCCUUCUCCAUCAUGAUAGGACAGAUGCGUGAUGUGGUCGGUGCAGCCACCGCGGGUCAGACCUACUACCGCACAUGCAUGGACAACACUAUUAAAUACAUGUCGUCGUACCGCAUCCCUAAAGACGUCCAGAACCGCGUGAAGACCUGGUACAACUACACCUGGCAGUCUCAAGGCAUGCUGGACGAGCAGGAGCUGCUGACUCAGCUGCCGGAUAAAAUGCGUCUGGACAUUGCUAUAGAUGUCAACUACUCCAUCGUGAGCAAAGUCCCACUGUUCCAGGGUUGUGACAGACAGAUGAUCUUUGAUAUGCUGAAAAGCCUUCGCUCUGUCGUCUACCUGCCGGGAGACUACGUCUGCAAGAAGGGUGAGGUGGGGCGGGAGAUGUACAUCAUCAAAGCGGGGGAGGUGCAGGUGGUGGGGGGACCUGAUGGGAAGACGGUUUUCGUCACUCUCAGAGCAGGAUCCGUUUUCGGAGAGAUCAGUUUGCUUUCAGUAGGCGGGGGUAAUAGACGCACAGCCAAUGUGAUUGCUCAUGGAUUUGCCAAUCUCUUCAUCCUGGACAAGAAAGACCUGAACGAGAUCCUGGUCCACUACCCCGAGUCCAAGAAACUGCUCCGCAAGAAGGCCAGGAAGAUGCUGACCAAGGGAAAGAAACCUGAGGUCAAAGAAGAGGCGAAGGGAGCACCUCUGGCUCCGUCGGCUGCCGUCAGGCCGGAGACGCCCAGGCUGCUGCGAGCCGCCCUGGAGAUGACCCGGAAGGCGACUGGACUGAGAGGAGCCCUGGCUGAAGUCGAGGAGAGGACCAACAAGUCCUUCAUCUCAUUACAUCCCUCCAUCGCUUCCUCACUGCCUCCUCCGUCUCCCACCUCCAGCUCCGGACCCGACAGAGACGGGGACACGCCCUCACCCAUCUUUGCCAGCUCCACGUCGUUUCGCUCUGCUUCCCGCUGCCACAGCAACGGCUCUUUGGGGCCUCGCUCCGCAUCACAGUGCUGCAUCCCCGCAGACGAAGCGCUCGCCACGGACCAGAGCGAGGAGGACGUCGGUGAGGAAGAAGGGAGCGAGGCCGAGAAGAGGAAAGGUCGGAGGAGUUAG